AUAAUAGCAGCCAAGGAUUUCGCGCGCGCUCAAAGAGUCAAAACUAAUGGAACACGAAGCCUCGGGGGGGAGCUGUGCUGCUACGGAGCUAUAUACCUGCAUCUCAGAGGGCGUAUACAGCCGGCGGCGUGACGCACAGAGAGAGAGAGAGAGAGAAAGAGCCGCAUUGUGCGCUUUAAGUGAGAUUCAGUGUUUGUCGCGCCGCGAAGAAAGCAAAACUCUUUUCUGCACGAGCGAGCGUUGAAUAUAGCUCAUUGUGCUUUACUGCCGGUUUAUUUGUCUGCAAGUCCGAUGACCGCGAGGCUGUUUUCCUUGCCGCCUUUUUUUUCUCGCGUUUGAUGAUGCUCGAGAGCGAUCGAUCGGAGCUGAUUGUGGUGCGCGGGUCGGUGAGUUGAUGAGCGUUGGGGAUGAUUGAUUUUUUUUUUCAACAGAGAAGAGGGCUUUCAGGGAGGAUUUUAAAGGAAUUGCCGUGUUUGUACAGAGGACUGCGAAGAGCGAGUGAAGCUUUGAGACGAGGAGAGGUCGGGAAUUCUGAGAGGAGCUUUAUCGAGCGCUUUUUCUUCUUUCCACGUAGAGUAGCUCGUCUUUGAUCUGCUUAAAGAGUUUUCGCGAAUGAGAGACAAAUAAAUCUCUAUUGAUUCAAGCAGCCUCGCGCUAAUUCGCGUUCGGCGAUUUGAAUUUCCCGCGACUGCCGUAUAGAGGGCGGCACUUCCCGACGUGCGGCGUUGCUGCUCCAAUCUCGCGAUGAUACGAAAUCGAGCCGCACUGCGUAUCGUAUCUUACAGCUAGUGCACCGGGAUUCCGUCGAUGAGGACUUCCUCGACUUGUAGUGACAAGGCUGGAAAAUCAAAAUGGAGACACCGACGAAACGCUAUAGGCCAAAGCGUGACAACGUGGAUGAUGUAGACGAUUCCGGAGGAAGAAGGUACGACAGGUCUCCUUCAUUUAAAAGAUGCAGAAGGUCCAGGUCUUGGUCAACCCCCAGAAGGAAAGGCAGCAGAGAAAGGGAGUAUCAGAGGGAAAGUACGCAGUCGUCUAAUAAUACAGCCAACUCUAACUAUUCACCACAAGUGUCGUACAAUACUGAUCAAAGGACUGUACCAUCCGAUACUAAUCAACGAGCGUACCCAAUGCAGUAUGGAGCCCAGGACUCUGAUUACUACAGUUAUAACUACAGCAAAACCUCUCACAACAAUGGCCAUCAACAGGCUGCUGAAUACGGAAACAAAGGCCAUGAUUUGGAGGUGGAUGAGGAGCUCAUGAGGGAAAUCAAGGAAAUCUUUAGCGACGUCGAUGAUGAUGAACAUGAGAAGCCACCAUUACCUGUACCAAAGGCAACCUCGAUGUCAGCUGCAACUUAUGAGCCAACCAGCCCUAGCACCUUUCAAGACCAAAGAAUGCCUCGAGCUAGUCCUCAUGAAGAUAGAAUCAGGAGAUCCAAAUCACCUCCAAAAGUUCCAGAAUCACUGCACCUCAAGAUACAGUCGCAAUUAACUAGAAUCAAGAACAUUAAGCUGUUGCAGAAGCGUAUCCAAAGCAGGAACGAGUCGCUUUACAUAGCAUUGAUCAAGAACUGGAAAUUGGAUGUCGAGGAAGUGUAUAAUUUAUUCAAAAUGGAGCAUGAAUUCUUGAAAGUAAAUUGGCCUGCCUCGCUGAUGGAUCACGAGUACUUCUCAAAUGGGACUUACAAAGAAAUGUUUACAGUUUACAGUUCGAUUAUGGUCACUCUUGCGGAUAUGGAAAAAGAAAUACUGAAGACCAUCGAACAAGAUGAACUGGAUAUUUCUCGGCGGAUGCUCUUGACAAAUCAUUUGAACCAACUCGAUGACAUCCCACCUCAAACUAGAAGUGAUCCGAGUUCACUGGAUAUCAUAGCCACUUCAUUCGGUAAACUCAGGAAGGAAAUUCAUUCUCUAGUCCCAAAGGAGUACGUAGGAGACUGUUUACUCAUGCAUCGGAUGACUCAGCUAUUGGAUAAGCCUACACGAGAGGCUUGGCAUGGCUGGCUUGGUAGUUGCAAAAAAUGUCCGACCUUUGAAGAAUUUAGCAACUUCUUGGCAAAACGUGUAAGAGAUCUGGAAGGAAUUGACUUGGUUUCAAGCACUACAAAGGACAUUGCGGACAGCACGCCACCUAAAAGAUCACGCGUAAGCGUUCUGGAAAGAAUCGGCUCAAGUACUAGACGAAGGGAAUCAAGGGCUUAUUCCCGCUCGCCGAUACGUUCAACUCAAUCCAGUAGACCAGGCUCGAGCACAAUAAAAAGUCGGUUAAAAAUUUACAAGGUCGGUCACUCUCCAAGGAUUUCUAAACACUCUUGCGCGUACUGUACGGAGCAGCAUUUUAUCGUCGCUUGUCCAUCUUUUCGAGAACUGUCUAGCGAAGAGCGACGGGAUUUCGUCAUUGACGAGAACUUGUGCUAUAACUGCUUGAGACGACAUGCAACUAAAAAGUGCAUGUUAACGAUCCGUUGUAAAAUAUGCAAAGGUAAUCAUCACACGUUGAUUCAUAUCUCCUUAUCUCGUCAACGCAGGAUACUUGUCAAUUCCGGCUCUGAAUCAUCAUUCGUUUCGAAGCAAACAACGACAAGACUUAACUGUUCCUAUUGAUCAUGUAUUUGGUCUGAGACUUUGUCUGACGGUCCGCUUGACAAAAUGGAACUCGGUGUUCUAUAUACAUUAUAUUUUUGGAGUAUAUAAACAAAGUCCGCAGGUGCAGAGCCUGCCAUCCCAUUGGAUAAUCGCGCGGCUGUUGCAUUGGGACUCGAGCGUGGCUCCCCCGACGGUAACAAUCUCAGUCAACACUUUUACGAAACUUGGACGAACACUGAGACUCUGCAAAAGCUGUAUUUGCGAACUUGUACUUUAUGUAAAUAGCGCGGAAUAGAAAUAAAUCAUUGUAUUAUCAAACAAUCAGCA